ACGCUUUCCUUCUUGAGUGAGGUUAGAUUUUCGGAGGUGAAUUUUUACACGUGCUUCCGUCUGGUUAGGAAAUUUUGAAGAAAAUUUCCAUAUUUUUCAAUACAUUUUGUUUUGGAAAACUUACUAACCAAAGGGAAUCAUCAUGUCGCAGUACAACUUUAAGAAUAUUGCGGUCGUUCCGUCCUCAAAGGACUUUAUCGACAUCACAUUAUCAAAGACCCAGCGAAAGACACCUACCAUUGUUCACAAGCACUAUAAAAUUACUCGGAUUCGUCAAUUUUAUAUGCGAAAAGUGAAGUACACUCAGGCAAAUUUUCAUGAACGGUUGUCCCAAAUUAUUCAAGAGUUUCCAAAAUUGGAGGAUGUCCAUCCGUUCUACGCGGAUUUGAUGAAUGUUCUUUACGACAAAGAUCAUUACAAGUUGGCUCUCGGACAAAUUAACACAUGUCGUCACUUAAUUGACAAUAUUUCCAAAGAUUACGCCCGGCUAUUAAAGUAUGGAGAUUCCAUGUAUCGUUGUAAACAGCUUAAGCGAGCCGCACUUGGUCGAAUGGCCACCCUGAUGAAGAGGCAGGAACCCACGCUCAAGUAUUUGGAACAGGUUCGCCAACAUUUAGGUCGUCUGCCCAGCAUCGACCCCAACACGAGGACCAUUCUCGUCUGUGGAUUUCCAAAUGUGGGAAAGUCUUCAUUUGUUAAUAAGAUAACUCGAGCUGACGUUGAAGUCCAGCCGUACGCAUUUACAACCAAAUCGUUGUAUAUUGGACACACGGAUUAUAAAUAUCUCAGAUGGCAAGUGGUUGACACUCCCGGAAUCUUGGAUCAUCCUCUCGAGGACAGGAACACAAUUGAAAUGCAGGCCAUCACUGCCCUUGCCCAUUUGCGAGCCGCAGUUUUAUUCAUCGCAGACCCAUCGGAACAAUGCGGGUACAGCAUGGAGCAGCAGAUCAGUCUGUUUAACAACAUCCGGCCCCUCUUCGCCAACAAACCGUUGAUCUUUGUUUUCAAUAAGACGGAUAUCAUGCGCUACGUUGACCUGUCCGCGGCCAAGAGGGAAGUCAUUGAACCCAUCAUUUCCGACCCGGACAUUCUUUUACUCGAAAUGAGCACGGUGAAUGAGGACGGUGUUAUGAAUGUUAAGCAGGAGGCUUGUGAACGCUUGCUUUCGUUCCGAGUCGAUGCAAAAUUGCGGACCAAGAAAGUUAACGAUUUUCUUAAUCGUCUUCACGUAGCUGUGCCGAAACCAAGAGAUGAUAAGCAACGUUUACCCUUCAUCCCAGAGGCCGUUAUUCUGAAGAAGCAGGCAAUGCUUACUGAAGGUGUACAACCCAAGAAGCGACUCGAGCGUGACAUUGAACUAGAAAUGGGAGACGAUUACAUCCUCGAUUUAAAGAAACAUUACGAUCUUCCUGAUAAAAUUAAGUAUGAUGCAAUCCCAGAAAUUUGGGAGGGCAAGAAUAUCGCAGAUUUUAUUGAUCCAGACAUCAUGCAGAAAUUGGAAGAGUUGGAGCGAGAGGAAGAGCUUCGUGAGGAGGCUGGCUAUUAUGACGACACGGACGAGGAGGAAGAUGAAGAGGGUGAAAAUAUUAAACAGUUAGCGUCACAGAUUCGUGAAAAGAAGAAAAUUAUGAAGAUUGAGCGACAUCUCAAAAAGUGCAGUAACAAACCCACUCUUCCACGAAAUACUGCAGGUAGAAAGCGAGAAAGAAGCGUUUCCGGGUUGAAGAGGAAGAUGAGUGAACUUGGAGUCGAAAUCGAUACUGACAAUCCAAACACCAACUUUGCCCGCUCCGUAAGCCGCUCGAGGUCCAAAGGUCCCGCUGAAAAGCGUAUGCGACUCGAGUCCACGGCCCGUUCUCGAUCAAGAUCUAUGUCCAAGGCGCCUCGAAAUGAGAUGGGUAUUAAGGACGCUACGAUGAAAACCAAGUUGGGCAAGAUGCACGCCAAAGCACAAAAGAAGGGAAUCGCCAAACACUCCCGAAAAGGAGAAGGAGAUCGUCACAUCUUCGACCUCAAACCGAAACAUCUCUUCGUCGGCAAGCGUGGCGUUGGAAAAACGGAUCGACGUUAAUAAUUGUAAUCCUUUCAAUACCGUUAAAAAAACAGUUGAUCGCAUCGUUACUUGUUACUACAUUAUUAUAACAAUAAAAAAAUACUGGGUACAUUAUAUUUUUACCCAUCCAAUAAUUAA